AUGGCGCCGCCUCCCAAGAACAUGCCAAUUCAUCAGUACUACAUGUGUGCUGCAUCAGUGGCACAUGUUCCUAUGAUGCAGAACCUGAUACCACCUAACAUUGAAGCUUACAUUCUGCCAAGGCUAGAGAUGCGCUUUGAAACUUUCCAAGAAGCAAAGAACUUCUACAACGUCUAUGCAAAGCACGCGGGUUUUGCUGUCAGUUUUGACAAAACAAUCUUGGAGUACGUCAAGUACCUGCAGUUCAAAGGCAUUGAACACGCGCAAAUCAUGAGCAUACUGGGCGGUGAUGACCCUGGUAGCUACUUCUUCGAAAUGAAUGCCAAAGACCUGAUUAACCUCAAAGCAAAGAAUUCAAGGAUUGAUGAUGUGGACGAUGUCCUAAAGACUGUCAACUUCUUUAGGGAGAUGAAAGCUAUAAACAGGGAAUUCUUCUGUGACAUGCAACUGGAUGAGUCCGACAGAGUUAAGAACAUAUUCUGGGCGAACACAAGCUGCCGAGGGGCCUAUCAGGACUUUGGUGACCGCGUAAUGUUUGACACCACAUAUAAGACCAACAAGUAUCAUAUGCCACUUGGGGUGUUUGUCAGUACUAACAACCACUUACAGACUACAUUCUUUGGUUUCGCCCUGAUAAGAGAUGAGGAUGCAGAUUCAUUCAGAUGGCUGUUCAAGACAUUUUUAAGGUGCAUGAGAGGGAAGGUUCCUACAUGCAUCCUCACAGACCAGUGCCCGGCAAUGGGUUUGGUGAUCCCAGAUGCUUUCGGGAACACGGUACACAAGUUGUGCCGCUGGCACAUUAUGAAGAAGUACAUGGAACACCUCGCAUACCUGUACUACCUCCACGAAGACUUUAAGGAUGAAUUCACAUCAAUCCUCAACUGGCCCCUCAUGCCAACUGAGUUUGAGGCUGCCUGGAAAAGACUCAUGGAUAAGUACAACCUCCAUGAUGAUGCCACGAUGGUGGCCAUGUGGAACGAGCGUGAGAGAUGGAUAUCAGCCUACUUCAAAGAAAUUUUCUGCGCCAAAAUGACAUCCACACAACGAAGUGAGAGCAUGAACUAUGUGCUCAAGAAGAACUUGAAGGAACAAAACACGCUGACCUUCUAUGGGUUUGACACCCAGAUGGCAAAGCUUUACUCACGAGCUGUGUACAGCGAGAUCAGAAAUAGGCUAAAACUGAGCACACUCUUCAUGGCGACAGAUACGGAAGAGCCCACAAAGUACCUCAUGCGCUACAACAACCCACAAAAACUGUUUGUGUGGGCUCAGCAUGCGUUCCAGGUGGUUGCAGACCCCGUGGGAGAAACAUAUGAGUGCGAGUGCAGGCUAUGGGACCACACAGGUGAUGACUACAAAAAAGAUACAAUUAAGGCUGCCAUCGUUCCAGAGAAAUACAUCCUCGGAGAUACACCAAACGCCCGAACAUCCAGCCAACAUUCAAUAGAAAUGACUUGA